ACCGCUAGUAAACAAAUCGUUCAAAAUUUGAGAAUGGGAUAACAACCUUUGGUUUGAAGCUUUCCAUCCCUCAACCUAUUUUUUAAGCAAAUAAAUACAAAAUGUGAGCAACUUUCAAUUCAAGAAAAUAUUGUUUGGACAAUUAGAAAUAAGGCAAACAAAUGUAGUGAGUGCAUAUCUCAGAAGUUAAAUCAAUCAAUCAAAUGUGAAAUAUUCAUCUGGAAACCGGCUUUAAAUUUAAAUGGAAAUUUGAGCAAAUGUUUGUUUUAUUAUCACAAAAAUAUUACUGCAAAUAUGAAAUGCAUUCUCUCAAUAAUGGAUUUUAUUUUAUUUAUGUCUAAAUUCUGUUGAAUCCAAUAAGUGCAGAUAUUUUAGGAAUUACUAUACACUUUUAUAGUAUUUGUGAAUUUUUAUCAUGGAGCAUUCUGCAGUAAAUGAAAUUGAACAAGAAGAAUAUAUAGAUGUUGAAACUCCUGACAUUCCAAUGUCUCAAAAUGAGACAAUGGUUUUCCCUGAUCGCAUAACACUUUCUGAGAAAGAAAUGGCAGAUAUAUUAAAUGACCCUGCUAACAAACCUCCUGAAAUUGAUUAUGAUUCAAUUGGAGAGUUUUGUUUUGAGUCUGAUCAGUUAGCUUUAAAAUGCAACAAUGAUUAUAAAAAUGUUCUGGAGGCUAUUGUUGUUUUAGAAGCUCAGAGAGCACAAGCAGUGAAAGAUAUAGAAAAAUUGGCUAAACUUAAAAAUGAAGCUCUAGCAGAUCCUUUUGAAUUUCUUGAACGUUUACGGAGAAAAGAGAAUAUGAACUUCCCUGUACCUCAAAAGAUCCAUCCUGUACCUAUUAUAGAUUGGAGUAAAUAUGCUUUAAGUGGAAAUCCGGCCACAUAUGAAAGAAGACAGAUAAAUUUCAAUAGGCAAAUGGCUCAGAAUGUGCCAAGAAAUAAUGCUAAAGGUAAAUUUAAUCUUCUUGCUACUGAGACAAAAUCUUCUGAAAUCUAUCAGCCCUGGACUGAUGAGGAACAAAAAAGGCUGAAAGAAUUACUUAUUGAAUUUCCUCCAGAAGAGGCUGAAAUACAUAGAUGGGAAAAAAUUGCCAAUGCCUUGGGAACAAGAAUGCCUUUAGAGGUGGCUACUAGAGUGUACAAAUUUUAUUCGUCCCUGGCAGAAGAUGAUACAAUUAACCUCGGAAACAUCCCAGAUUUAAAUUUUCUGAGAAAGUAUUGGCAUUCUGGAAAUACAAACGAAAUGUGGUCUCAAGAUCAAAAACAAAAUGUUGAGCAAGUAACGGAAUCUCAAACAGAUGUCUCAGACGAUGAAGAAAUAAGUCCUGAAUUGCGUGAUUCUGCAGAAUAUAAAGAAAUAGUAUUUUUGAAAAAGCUCUUGAGAGAAAAAGUAUUGGAGGAAUCAAACAGUCUUAUCCCUCACAUUGGAUACAAGUGUUGCCGAUGCAAAACAGAACCUAUUGUCGGAAUGAGGUGGCACUGCACUGAAUGUCCUCCUUCACUGUCUAUGGAUUUCUGUGAUGACUGUUCUCAAAGUAACCAUGAGACUGCACAACAUUCUGCUGAUCAUCAUUUAGAGAAGGUCUAUGCCAGUAAGGGAUUUAUAGAUCAUGAUUACAUGCACUUCCUGGGAAAUGAUUAUAAUUACUUAGAUCCGAAUUACAUGCCUGCAACAUAACCUCUAUGUAAAUAAUGUGUAUUUUUUUUUCAUAAUAUUUAUUUGUACAUUAAACAAGUAUUUUAAA